ACCCACAUCAAAGCCACCAUCAACGUCACUGUGGAUCCACACCAAUACGCAAACAGGAAGAACCGAUCCACAGAGGAUGCCAUUUCCUCCGUGGUCCACACUGCCCUCACCCACCUGGAGCAGAAGGAUUCCUACGUCCGUAUGCUCUUUGUGGACUUCACAUCUGCUUUCAACACCAUGAUUCCUCAGACACUGAUAACCAAACUCUCCUCACUUGGACUGAGCUCUUCCCUGUGCAACUGGGUCCUAGACUUCCUGACCAACAGGCGACAGUCUGUGAGGAUUCACAACAUCUCCUCCCCCACCAUAAUCCUCAGCACUGGCUCCCCUCAGGGCUGUGUGCUGAGCCCCCUCCUGUUCACACUGCUCACAUAUGACUGCUCACCUCUCCGUCCAGGCUGUCAUAUUGUGAAGUUUGCGGACGACAUGGCAGUGGUUGGAUGCAUCACGAACAGUCCAGCUACAGGCAGGAGGUGGAACACCUGGAGGGUUGGUGCAGAGCGAACAACCUCUGCAUCAAUGUAAAAAAGACGAAGGAGAUGAUUGUGGACUUCAGAAGGAGCCAGCAUGCCCACCUCCCCCUGCACAUUGGAGGAUCUGCAAUGGAAGUGGUCGACAGCUACAGGUACUUGGGUGUGCCCCUGAGCAGCAACCUCACCUGGAGCAACAACACUUCCACUCUGGUCAGGAAGGCACAUCAGCGGCUCUACUUCCUCAGGAGGCUGAGACGAGCUGGACUCGGGAGCGCAGUCCUCACCUCCUUCUACAGAUUUGUGGUGGAAAGCGUCGUGUGCUCCAGCAUCAACGUGUGGCAUGGAAGCUGCUCCGCUGCAGACAGGAAAGCUCUGCAGAGGGUGGUGAAGGCUGCACAGAGGAUUGUUGGAGUCAGCCUCCCCAGCACCACAGACAUCUGCACCUCCAGAUGCAGGAAAAGGGCCACCUGCAUCAGGAAGGACCCCGCCCACCCAGCACACGCACUUUUUGUCCCGCUCCCCUCAGGCCGGAGGCUGCGGAGCAUCAAGUGCAAAACAACCAGACUCAGAAACAGCUUAAUUCCAGAAGCUGUAAGGUUCUUAAACUCCACCUAACAACACACUGCACUGACACACAAGGACAAAUAACUGUUUACAAACACUGUCACUUUAAACCACACUGAGACACUUUAUCUCCACUGCUCUAAUUCCAUUAUCAUGCUGCUAUAGCAAACUUGCACUCUGGACUUCAUGUUGCUGCUACCUGUCUACUCUCUCUAUUUUUUUUUUUUUUUUGUGUAUUUAUCUUUAUCUAUUUUGUAUAUUCUAAUUUAUUGUUUUCUUUUAUUUUAUCAAUUUCGUUCCACCUCAUGCACCACAUGUGAUGCGAAUGACAAUAAAGUCUCCUUGAAUCCUUGAAUGUUUCCUCCGAUGCAUGUGAAGUCAGCCACCACUUCUUUUCGAGCUGCUGCUGAUGCAGCAUUGCCGAGUAGCCAGUGCGCUCGGAGGAAAGCGCAGCGUUUUCGGUUCCUAUACAUCAGCUCACAGAUGCCCUGUGCUGCGGACAUCACCCUUUAGUGAUGUGGGAGAGAGCGCCAUCUACCCACCUGGAGAGAGCAGGGCCAAUUGUGCUCCCUCUGAGUGCCGGCAGCUUGAUGGCAAAGCUGCAUGAGCGCCCGAGCACAAAUUAUUUUAUGAAGAAGCUUUUCUAUUUUUACAUCAGGUUUACACAGACAUGACCCACAUUUACUAUUUCACUGCUCAGCAAAGUCUCAUAACUCAGUACUGUUUUACAGUAACGUUGCCAUAGAAAAUAUUUGAUGCCAGUAGUGAAAUAUAGUUAAAAAUAGUUAGCUGUGAGUUAGCUGUGGGAGCUGUGCUGAGCUGUAAAAUGGUAAAUGUGGGUCAUGUCUGACCCGUGUGUGUAAACCUGAUGUAGAAAUACAAAAGCUUCUACAUAAAGUAAUAAAGGAAAAUAAAAGUUAAUAUUUGAGUUAACAGAAAACCCAACCCAGCCAUACUCGAAAUAACAUAGAAAAUAAAUUCAGGUCAUUUUUGACCCGUGUGUGCAUUAGAGGGGGAGUGAACAUCUAUACUUUUUCUCUAGUAAUGACAAAUAUCAACAGGUGAUUACAAUCAUGAUCUGCUACAAAAACAAUAUCCACAAUAUGCUUUGAGGAGAAAAAAUGAGAAGAGGAUAUCCAGUUUUAACAAAUGUACCAUAUAUGUACCAUAUAUAGUGGGCUAGGGUUCAAGGACUGGUUUAUCAACUACUGUAAUAGAGUAUUAGCUUUGGUUACUUAGGGAAAUGUACCUAGUUGUUCCAGUACAGUUGUUAUGUUGACCACUAACACCAUGUAUUUAUCCAGAUUUGCCUCCUAUGACCAUCUAAUGGCUUUCUGGAGUCUUAUUGAAUCUUCAGGAUCAAAAAUGAUUCCUGUUAGCCAGGCCAGUGGAAACUCCAACUGCCCACCCAAGAAACCAACAUCAAGACCCACUAAGCUGACACCAACUGAUGAACUGUUCUUCUUCCUGAUGUACUUAUCGGUUGGCUUGAAACAGAAGGAUUUUGGGCACAGAUUUAGUGUUCACCGCACCAACAUAAGCCGAAUCAUCAUUACAUGGGCCAACUACCUUUACACCUUACUAGGGUCUGUAUGUAUCUGGAUGCCACCUAAAGUCAUCAAGGCUCACCUACCCAGACACACAGGUAGUCAUUGACUGCACAGAGCUUCGCUGCCAGACACCGUCAUCUUCACUGCUGCAGAGUGAAGAAUUUUCAACAUACAAGUCCCACUGCACUUUCAACGGUAUGCUGGGGAUGGCACCACAUGGUGUCAGCACUCUACUAGGGGUCUAUCAGUGACAAGGAAAUCUACAGGCAGUCAGGCAUUACAUCUCUUCUGACACCUAACAAGGGUUCUUUAGUACAAAAAAAUGGUUAGAUUAGAUUAGACUCAACUUUUUCACAGAGUACAGAUACAAAGCCAAUGAAAUGCAGUUCGCAUAUAACAAGAAGUCCAAAAUACAUUAUUAUUUAAAUAAAGUGCAAAAUAGAAAUGGCUGUAACAAUAAUUAUUUGCAUGGACUUUUAUGGGUAAAUGUAGGCGGUACAGAGGCAGAAAAAUUUGUUGUUUGGUGCUUUUAGCCCC